UCAUUCAUUUUUAUUAAUUUACAAAUAUUUGGCUGUAGGAAGGCUCACCUGUGGAGGUACAAACCAGACUUAUACAAGUUCUGUCAGGAGCAAUGGGACCACACGGAAAGCAGACCGAAGUCAGACUGUUUAACCUUUAAAAUACAAGAGAGGGAAAAAGAAAAGCUGGGAAAUGUCCAGUUGUGGCCAAAUGGACUGUUUGUCUGGACUUUGAUCAACUAAUGGCUCUCCAAACCUCCUUUGGUUUUGCAUGGAUUUUGGUACCAGCAAAUGGUCAAAUCCUGCACUGCAGUUUGUUAGAUGUAUUAGAUUGCAACAUCAUAAUCACAGUAUUCAUGUCACAAAGUUAAUUUUAUUAGAUGGAUAUACCCUGCCCAACACCAUUUUUGUCACAUAUCAUAUUCAUUUACUCUCAUUUUGUAACAGAAGUGGUUUUUUAGAGCUCUCCUGGUGUCUCACCGUUACUUUUACACCAGUUCCUUGCUUUUCUUAACUCAUUUUAAUUAGCAAUAAUAAAUUUUUAGCAUCUAGAUAUAUAUAUUUUUCUUUAGAAUAAAAAAAUAUAUAUAUAGAUGCUUUAUUAAUGUUUAAUUAAAAACAAACGGGCAAAAAAAAUGUUUUCUUGUCCUUUAAUUGACCUAAUACUGUACAUGAAAAACUCGGUUACUCGAGACUGUAUAUCCGGGUUCUACUGCGGCUGCGCGCUGACAAACGGCGUCGUUACCAUGACAACCCAAAUUUGUCUCCGAGCAGAGAGGACGACGCAACUCAACCGUUGUUCGUGAGGAGUUUGUAAAACUGCUGGAGGGAGAAAAAGCGACCAAAUAAAGCUGCGUCAAUAAUGGAGGAGGACGAUGUUCCUGCAGUCGCUACAGAGUCGCAACCUGAGGAAGAGUUGGAGGCUUCAGAGGAGGCUGCCGCUGAAGAGUCCAGACAUGACGACGAGUCAAAAGCUUCAGAGGAGGCUGCCGCUGAAGAGUCCAAACAUGAGGAAGAGUCAAAAGCUUCAGAGGAGGCUGUCGCUGAAGAGUCCAGACAUGACGACGAGUCAAAAGCUUCAGAGGAAGCUGUCGCUGAAGAGUCCAAACAUGACGACGAGUCAAAAGCUUCAGAGGAAGCUGUCGCUGAAGAGUUCAAAGUUCCAGACGAGGCUGUUUCCGGAGAGUCCAAACCUGAAGAAGAGUUCAAAGCUUCAGAAGAGGCUGUCAAUUUCUUGACCUCCAUAGAGCCCGAGGAGCUGCAGAAGUGCGUGUUUUCAGAGUCUCUGCUGGUGAUGUCGGACUGUGGCGGAGUCCUGGGGGAGUUCAGUAUGUCUAUGGAGUUAACACACAGAGCCCUGGAGCCCUGCGUGAUUCUGCAUGCUCGGAGCCACGGAGCUAUCGACGGCUCUCCCUGUGGAACAACGGUGACCGCUUACCUAACCGCUGACCUGGAGGUCCUGGAGGAAGACUACCAUGAGUAUGUCAAGCUCGACAGUUACAGUGUGGAGAAGAAGUGUCACAUGGCGCAACGUGACGAACAGAUGGUCAUCAACAAAAUCACCGCCAUGGGAGAGGACGUGACCGAGGAGGAGUGCGUGUCUUAUCCCAUGUCUGUCCUGCGCGGCCUGGUCACCGAGGGAUCCAGCAUGCUAUUGAUGCGUCUCAUGGCUCUGAGGAAGAAGGUUCCAAAGAACAUGGUCUUCAUCAUCUUGGACCGAAGUUUACAUAUAACUCAGACCACUUUUCGUGAGCUGGCCGUGAAGAAAAUACAGGUGCACGGUGAGACCGUAGAGGUAUUUGGGCUUGAGAGGAUGGUUUGUUCCGCUGACGGCGACCAUCCCACGUGGCACAGCUACUUCCUCAAUAACGGUUACUUGGCCAGCAGAAAACAGGUGGGAUCUCCAGUCACAAUGAAGGUUAUACGGGAGCUCUCAAAGAAAGACAGAGGUCGUAUGAAGGUCCCGCUGGUCUGGCAGGAAGACAUGCAGUUGUACUCUCUGUAUUUGGAUAACAAGGACUUUCUGAAGGCAGAACACAAUUCAUACCUGAGGGAGCACCCGGAGCUCCGAGCCCUCCUGUCCGACUUCCUACAGGACUUGCUGAUUGUGAAACCGGACAACAUCUUCCAGUUUGCUCGAGAAUACUUCCCUCCUUAUUCCACCUACCAUUCCCCGAAGUCUAACCUGAAAACCGCCUCGCCCUGACGCACUUCAGCAGGAACAUCGCCCACACCCAAGAACAUUAUUUUCUUGCUCGAUGCCUGUCAAUGCUUCUAUGUACUUCAUUGUAAUUUUUAAUUAGUUUACCUCAUUUAUUCACGCCAUGUUGCAUAUUUAACGUAGAAUUUAAGGUAAGAAGGGAAACUUUAAAAUCGCACACCUGGUCAUCUAAGGGAUCUAAAUGAACUGAUUUGUUUUAAAGAGAAUUGUUAAAGGUUGGUUGGGCAUUUGGAUGUUACCACCAGCAUUAUGAAAUUUUGUCUUUGGUGAUGAGCUCCAAGUCUUUCACUUCAAAAUGCUUCUUUUCUGUCACCCUAGUCUUUGCGUCUCUUCACAGAAUCUCCCUGAGAUUCAAGACAAGACUCUGACUGGGACACUAUUAAUCCCAGUCCAAAACUUUAAUCACACUAAAAUUAUUUUUAUGUUGUUCGUCAUCUUUGUAAUUAGAUUCUAAAUAUUCUCACUGUUGAGACACUUUCUUCUCUUUAUAUUUAAGGAUUUCUGUAAAACAACACUAAAGAAAUAUUUAAUCUAGCUAUUCAUUAGUAAUGAAUUGUGUUGAUUUCAGUUUGUAUAAAUUGAAAUAUUUGUCGUUUUAAUAUAGCAAUAAAUUAUAGAUUGGUUUCUGCCUU